AUGUGGCUGAAGCCUGAGGAAGUGCUCCUGAAAAAUGCGCUGAAGCUGUGGAUGAUGGAAAGGUCCAACGACUACUUCGUGCUGCCGCCGCGCCGGGGCGACGGGGAGGAAGGCGGAGGGGGACUCACAGGGCUUCUGGUUGGGACUCUUGAUUCAGUCUUAGACUCUACUGCGAAAGUAGCUCCAUUUCGCAUCCUACACCAAACGCCAGAUUCUCAAGUUUACUUGUCAAUUGCAUGUGGAGCCAACAGAGAAGAAAUAACCAAGCAUUGGGAUUGGUUGGAACAAAAUAUCAUGAAGACCUUAUCUGUAUUUGAUUCAAACGAAGAUAUUACUAAUUUUGUACAGGGAAAGAUAAGGGGAUUAAUUGCUGAAGAAGGAAAGCAUUCUUUUGCAAAAGAAGAUGACCCUGAGAAAUUUCGAGAAGCCCUUUUGAAAUUUGAAAAAUGUUUUGGUUUACCAGAGCAGGAGAAAUUAGUGACUUACUACUCCUGCAGUUAUUGGAAAGGACGGGUCCCUUGUCAGGGUUGGCUCUAUCUUAGCACCAACUUUCUGAGUUUCUAUUCUUUUUUGUUGGGAUCAGAAAUAAAACUCAUUAUCUCCUGGGAUGCAGUCUCAAAACUUGAAAAAACUUCAAAUGUCAUACUGACAGAGAGCAUUCAUGUGUGUUCCCAAGGGGAGGAUCACUACUUUUCAAUGUUUUUGCACAUUAAUCAGACAUAUCUUCUUAUGGAACAGCUGGCAAACUAUGCCAUCAGGAGACUUUUUGAUAAAGAAACGUUUGAUAAUGACCCAAUCCUUGAUGAUCCUCUACAAAUCACCAAAAGAGGUCUGGAAAAUCGAGCCCACAGUGAGCAAUUUAAUGCCUUUUUUAGGCUACCCAAAGAAGAAACUUUGAAAGAAGUACAUGAAUGUUUCUUAUGGGUACCAUUCAGCCACUUCAAUACUCAUGGAAAAAUGUGCAUCUCUGAAAACUAUAUCUGUUUUGCUAGCCAAGAUGGCAAUCUUUGUAGUGUAAUAAUUCCAUUGCGAGAGGUCUUAGCUAUAGAUAAAACAAGUGAUUCCAGCAAAUCUGUCAUCAUUAGCAUCAAAGGAAAAACAGCUUUUCGCUUCAGUGAAGUUAAAGACUUUGAGCAACUGGUGGCAAAACUCAGGCUCAAGUGUGGGGCAGCUUCAAUUCAAUAUCGUGAUGUUAGCACAGAGGUUGCUGUUAGUUCCGACUGUACAGGCCCAUCUGAUAAUUGUGAGGUCCAAUCUUUGGCAUGUCAGAGAGAUUGCAGUAAAACUGUGAACACUGAAGCCUUGAUGACAGUAUUUCACCCUCAGAAUUUGGAGACACUUAAUUCUAAAAUGUUGAAAGAAAAGAUGAAGGAACAGUCAUGGAAUAUCCUAUUUGCAGAAUGUGGUCGUGGUGUUAGCAUGUUUCGGACCAAAAAGACUCGAGAUCUUGUUGUAAGAGGGAUUCCAGAGACCUUAAGAGGAGAACUCUGGAUGCUUUUUUCAGGUGCUGUUAAUGACAUGGCUACUAAUCCUGGCUAUUAUGCUGAAAUAGUUGAGCAGUCCUUAGGGACCUGCAACUUGGCUACAGAAGAAAUUGAACGUGAUUUGCGUCGCUCCCUCCCUGAGCACCCAGCAUUUCAGAGUGACACUGGCAUAUCUGCUCUGAGGAGGGUACUCACUGCUUAUGCAUAUAGGAAUCCCAAAAUUGGAUACUGCCAGGCAAUGAACAUUUUGACUUCAGUGUUGCUUCUGUAUGCAAAAGAGGAAGAAGCUUUUUGGCUUCUGGUUGCUGUAUGUGAACGAAUGUUGCCUGAUUAUUUUAAUCGUCGAAUCAUAGGUGCCUUGGUGGAUCAGGCAGUCUUUGAAGAACUUAUCAGAGAUCACCUUCCUCAGCUGACAGAACACAUGACUGAUAUGACUUUCUUUUCUUCGGUUUCUCUCUCAUGGUUCCUUACAAUUUUUAUUAGUGUACUGCCUAUUGAAAGUGCAGUAAAUGUGGUAGACUGUUUCUUCUAUGAUGGAAUAAAGGCCAUUUUACAGUUUGGACUGUCAAUACUUGACUAUAAUUUAGACAAACUGCUCACUUGUAAAGAUGAUGCUGAAGCUGUGACCGCUUUAAACAGCAGCAGGGUUCAAAUGUGAGUGAUGAAAGCAGCAGUCAUACUAGAGUGGAUAUUACGGAUUUGAUUAGAGAAUCAAAUGAGAAAUAUGGUAAUAUUCGCUAUGAAGAUAUACACAGCAUGCGCUGUCGAAAUAGGUUGUAUGUGAUACAGACCCUAGAGGAAACAACGAAGCAGAAUGUGUUGCGUGUUGUAUCACAAGAUGUAAAAUUGAGCCUUUGUGAGUUGGAUGAACUUUAUGUCAUCUUUAAGAAAGAACUGUUUUUAUCUUGUUAUUGGUGUUUGAGUUGUCCUGUAUUGAAGCACCAUGACCCAAGUCUGCCAUAUUUGGAACAGUAUCAGAUUGACUGCCAGCAGUUCAGAGUGUUGUAUCACUUGUUGAGUCCCUGGGCUCAUUCUGCAAACAGAGACUCACUAGCUUUAUGGACAUUCAGAUUGUUGGAUGAAAACUCUGACUGCCUUAUAAACUUCAAAGAGUUCUCCUCUGCAAUUGACAUAAUGUACAAUGGAAGUUUUACUGAGAAGCUUAAGCUACUUUUUAAGCUGCAUAUUCCUCCAGCUUACACUGAAGUUAAAUCUAAGGAGUCUUCAAAAAGAGAUGAACUUUCCAAGGAUGAAUUACUUUAUUUCAGUCAGCUUCAUGGUAAAUACCUUUUUAAAAGUUUAACUGUUUUGAUGAUUAAUCAUGAAUAGAGAUUUUUCUGGCAUAGAUACUCAUUACCCAGCUGGAAAAAUUUGGUUCGUUAUAUCUUUUACUUCUUCCGUACCACACU